AUGCAGCGCUGGCACGAUGUGGCCUGCAGAUACCCAGAUGUCAGAGUGUCAGCUGAUCAAACGCCUCGCUGUCAUGCAUGCGGCAAAGAGCCACAAAUAGCUGAGUUGGAGAGAAGUAGAGGCCCAAGCUCCUCCUCCCUGUCUAUCCCUCCUGAUAAACGUUUGGGAGACUUGGAUCUUUGGUGGCCUCGCUCGGUGCCGUACGUUCGAUCAAGCCUUAAGCCAGACCCGGAAUCAGAGGAUGCUCCACCGGUUUUCGAUUCACAAGAUGAUGCAAACGAACAAACAGCAGAAGAUACAAUAUACAAAUCAACUCUCGGAUCGGACGAGUUCCGCCUGGUUUGGCUCGACUCCGCCGAAAGCCUCGACAGUCCUUUGCAUCUCAACCUUUGCGACUACAAACUAGACGACUGCACCGAGUAUGAACCCGUUUCGUACACCUGGGCCGGAGAAGAUGGCGACAGCACGCCUUGCAAGCCUGUUUACUUUGGUCCAUUCUGGGACGUCAUGCUACAGACCAAGAACUGCUGGGAAAUGCUUCGGUUCGUACGGCCUUGGUAUGGCAACCGCAUUGUGUGGGUUGAUGCCAUUUGUAUCAACCAGGCCGAUAUCCAGGAGCGCAAUAUCCAGGUAGCAAACAUGAGUCGUAUUUAUUCUUCCGGCAACCGAGUCAUUAUCUACCUGGGGCCAGAUAUUGCUAUGCCGCUAUAUGGCAAGCACCCACGACGUCGCAGGCUUCACGAGAUCGUGGACGACACCAUUACACCAAAUUUCCCUGCUCCUCAGCCGACUGAUAGCUCAGGGCGCCGAUCGUAUGUAGAGUCUCCCAAGAAUUUGAAAGCUCUUCUGGGAAGACGAUAUUUCUCCCGCAUAUGGGUUAUCCAGGAGCUGCUCCUGUCGCAACGCGCCGUCAUACGGGUUGGAGACGUUGACUUCUGGACGGACCCUACCACUUCUAACUACUUCAUCAACUUGCCGGAGUGGAGUUGGGAGCGGACAGAUGCAGCGUGGGUGCAAUAUAUUUCACAAGGUGCCGCGAGCAUAAGCACCCUAAGGAAUUUACUACUGCUAACCUCUCACUGCCGCGCUACGGAUCCUCGCGAUCGUCUAUUUGGGCUUCUGAGUAUAAUGCCUGACAUGUCAAACCCAAGUGCAGAAGGCGAUACCUCACAAGUAGAGGGUGCUGGGCUUCAUGCGGACUACUCACUAUCAUCCCAACACGUCUAUAUAGGUCUCUUUGCUCACUGUCUCUUGAAUCUGGGACAUGUUAAUAUUCUCUACCAUGCGUCGAGUAACCUGUCAAGGUGGAAAGCAUGUUAUCCCACCUGUGCUCCAGAUUGGACAUCGCGAACAACCUGGCGGGCCCUCUUUGACGGGCCAGAACUGACCAGCGAGCAGGUGGAGGCGGAAAUUCGUGAUAUCAUCCAAGAGGGCGUCCGUGAUAAUAGAGGUGCCGAAUCGGAUUGGUAUAUAAAACCCAGGAGCAGUGACUUGGUUUCUAUAAUCGAAUGCUGGGGGCCGGCCUCAACUCAUGCCGCGACGCUGAGACCAUGGCACAAGGGCGCGCACAUAGACGCCUCGACGGGGGCACUGUCUAUGAAUUUGACACAUUACAUGACGGUGCCGGGGAAGCUGAAGCGAGUUGGCCGCAUCGGUGUCUAUCAGAUUUUCGCAGUGAGAAAGCCGCUGGCUACCGUGUUCAUUCUCUCGGAAUACCGAAUUGAUAGGAUGGUCAUUGGAGAUGGCAAAGACGAGCUGUUCAUACUGAGCCACCCCGGUUACUACACACUACCGACAUAUAUUCUCUUGAGGAGAAACACCGAUUCAGAAGACAGGGAAUCGUACAAUUUCCUCUCCGCAUGCCCCUUUGUCCAGAUUCAGACAGAUGUUAGUAUAAACGCAAGGGGCUUCUUGCAUGUAGCGCUGAAAGAUCUACAGUACAGCGUGUACGACAUCCUCCAAGACCUACAAGAGAGGUUGGACUACCCAUUAUAUGUUCAAAAGGGCCUUGAACUCACUAGCCUUGAGAUGAAGGGGCUGUUCGCCGGGGUAGAGACAAAUCGUCAGAUCCUGCCCUUGAUCCAGGUGUUGCACUCAGAAAGGUUGAACCCCCCUGGGGACCCUGACGCUUUCGUCGACGCAUAUCUUGCUUGUGUUCCUCCAGAGUACAAAACAUUCGCUAGGGGAAGCUUUCUCCAAAUCACCUUUUCAACAAGUCAGGGGGGUGUGGCCGAAACCUAUUUCAAGGAGCGCGGAAAGCUCAAUGGGUCUGAGGCACGUUUUCGAUAUCGCGUUCGCGAUUCUGGAGAUGAAUGGAGGUCGACCAUUGUGUCCCAGUCCAAGUACAAGCAAAUUACCAACUCCUCGCAAUCUCAGCAAUGGAUUGAUAUUUGCUUCAGAAUACACGAGGUUCGCCAAGCCUUGACGUUAUAUUCAAACGUGGAUAGAAUUAUGGAUACCAUGGAUGUGAUUUCAGCUUCGACUGGGCGCACGGGUGAAGACUUGUGGUCAAUGGUGACUGGUGACCCUGGAGACGAGUGCAAGUUCAUUUGUAUUUCGCAGGCCCAGACAUAUAUUGAUUUAGAUACGAAGCUAUGUGACUACUUUGGGAUGAAUGGAAGUACAUUCAUGGUUAGCAUCGUGUAG